UCAACUGGAUAGCUGGAGGGACUGGCUGCUCCUUCCUUGGUUGUAUCAGCCUGUAUGGGUGACUGAGGGCCAUGACAGUUGUCUCUAAAGUGGCUUCUGGGAUCCUGGUAAGAGAUUCUGCUUCUCAGAAGAUGCACUAUUAUAGAUACUCUAAUGCCGAGGUCAGCUGCUGGUACAAGUACCUCCUUUUCAGCUACAACAUCGUCUUCUGGUUGGCUGGAGUUGUCUUCCUUGGAGUCGGGCUGUGGGCAUGGAGCGAAAAGGGUGUGCUGUCCGACCUCACCAAAGUGACUCGUCUGCAUGGAAUCGACCCGGUGGUGCUGGUCCUGAUGGUGGGCGUGGUGAUGUUCACGCUGGGGUUCGCUGGCUGCGUGGGGGCCCUGCGGGAGAACAUCUGUCUGCUCAAGUUUUUCUGCGGUGCCAUCGUGCUGAUUUUCUUCCUGGAGCUGGCUGUGGCUGUCCUGGCCUUCCUGUUCCAGGACUGGGUGAGGGACCGAUUCCGAGAGUUCUUCGAGAGCAACAUCAGGUCCUACCGGGACGACAUCGACCUGCAAAACCUCAUCGACUCCCUUCAGAAAGCUAACCAGUGCUGUGGUGCCUAUGGCCCUGAAGACUGGGACCUCAACGUCUACUUCAACUGCAGCGGUGCCAGCUACAGCCGUGAGAAGUGCGGAGUGCCCUUCUCCUGUUGUGUGCCAGAUCCCGCACAAAAAGUUGUGAACACGCAGUGUGGAUAUGAUGUGAGGAUUCAGCUGAAGAGCAAAUGGGACGAGUCCAUCUUCACGAAAGGCUGUAUCCAGGCACUGGAGGGCUGGCUCCCGCGGAAUAUUUACAUCGUGGCUGGUGUCUUCAUUGCUAUCUCACUGCUGCAGAUAUUUGGCAUCUUCCUGGCGAGGACCCUGAUCUCAGACAUCGAGGCAGUGAAAGCAGGCCAUCACUUCUGAGGAGCAGAGGCGAGCGCACGCAGAGCUGAGCCACACCGUGGAGGCCAAAGCCCUUCACUGCCAUCAACCUUAUAUCCAGAGGGAGAGAAGCCUAUACCCACCCGGAGCCAAUGUCCUAUCUUUAGCAUCAGCGUGAUGUGACCUGUUUCUGCUUGCUGGUGCUGAAGACUGAGGGGUCACCUUGUCACCUACCCAAACUUGUGACUGCAUCGCCUCUGGGGUCUACCCAGAGAUACAGAAUGUGUCUUUUUGUGGAGUGGUGACUCUGAGGGACAGAUGGGGCUCACAUGGUUGCAAGGAGGGCUUGACUUGGUCUUCCUGGAGCCCAAGGUUGUCUGCAGGACACCCUGACCCUCUCACCAUGAUGUCCAAGUGUCUGCUUUGGGUCAUCCACAUCUAUGGGUAGAGGGACUAGUAGGCAUGGGCAGGGCUUCUCUCUCUCAUGUCAAGCAGCACAGUGCUUUUCCCUUAACUUGGGAAAAGGAGGGGCCCUAGUUGACCCCCGUGUGCCAGCGGGGUCUGCAGCAGUGUGCAUGUUUCCGGGGUCAUUUGCAGGAUCUCAGCCAUGUCUAAGUGAAGUAAGCCUGAGCCAGUGCGUGGACUGGUGCCACGGGAGUGCCUUGCCCGCUGCCCUCCCACAGGUCCGUCAGCUGUUCUCCUAGCAUGAGAACUGCCUCGGUCUCAAUAGCAUUAAGUCCUGAUGGCACCGGUGGGGCGGUGGGCAUGGCUCUUCACUGAGAGCCGGCUCUCCUUUUCUUAAAGCGUGUAAAUAGUUUAUUUAUAGGGGUAAGAGCGUUCUCACACCAUUUCUUCAUUUCUUCUUCCUUUCCUCUGGCAUUCUCCUUAAGCAGCCUUAUGUGAUGUCUAUGGCUGGAGCCAACCUUUUCUGUUCCCUCGAGUGUCUCAAUAACCAGCCCACAAUAGCCUCUCCUUCCCCUCCACAGACGUGCACCCUUCCUCCAUGCAUCCCCACACACAGACACCCCCCACUCCCCAGCUUGGCCUCACUGUCUUCUGGUCUUGGUGCUACUGAAAUUGUCACUCAGAACUUGAAUCCUAACCCUCACUCCCCACUGCAGGGCCAGGAAAUCCCAGCACAAGAUGGCCAGCCUGAAACCCUCGACCAGGGCUCUUCACGGACAUGUACCCAGAGCUGACCAGCCUGCUAUUUGCCUCUCUCUGGAGCGAGCAGCUUUUCUGUGGCCAGGCCCUGUGCUGAGCCACAGACCCCAGGCUACACCUGCUCAGAAGCUUGGGAUGUUUUAUUUCUGGCUUUUGUGGUGACUUCCCCUAAUGGGAAAUCUGUGGUCCCUGUGUCCACUCUUUCUUUCAGGGCUGUUCUGGGGCUUGCUCUUAGAAAUGAUGUCGUCUUAAGUACUGAAUAACCCCCUGGGGAUAGCUGGGGCAUUUGCCCAUUUUUAGCUGGGCUACUUUCUAAUGCUUCUCCAUAGCUUGCACCACUUUUCUUUUCAUCAUUCAGGGAUUGAGUGCGACCUUUAGUUACUUGCUGAAGUGUACAUUCUAGUGUGGUGUAUACUGGUUAUACUGGUGGCCGUUUGUCGAUGAUGAUGAUAUCUUUUUUUUUUUUUAACAAUUCUCUGUAGACUAGCGGAAGAAUGCUUGUUUUUUUAGGAAGUGUGAUGCUUCUCUUUGACUGCCAAACUCUUUUAUGGAAUAUAUCUUUAUAUUAAUGUUGUUGUUUUGGUCAUUUUUGCUUUGGGUCUUUACCAAGAUGGCAC